AUGCGAAGUACAGAAGCCAAGCUUAAAGUGAUACUUUUUUGUACCAUCUGCUGUGGCGUGAUGAAGCCCGCUGACGUCAGAAGGCAUACAGUUGAGUCGCUCAAGGUAGCACCACUUGGUGAUGGUCAUCACGGAAGGGACUUCUACAAAUAUUUUUUCACUUCUCAUCCUGAACACCGCCACUUCUACAAAGGUGCUGAGAACUACACUGGCGACGAUGUGGCGAAGAGCGAGAGGCGAGUAGUGAAAGAAUCGGUGUAUCGAGCAUUUGUUCGCAGAGUUAUGUACGAGCAUUUCGAUAGAUCAAUCGACCCUGAACUUUGGAAGCCAUUUUGGGAUUACUGGAUAGGAUUUCUAGAGAGCAAGGGGGCAGCUUUGACUGCAGAGCAGAAACAGGCGUGGAAGGAAUUUGGUGCCGUAUUCAACGCUGAAUGCCAAGCAUAUCUGACAAGAAUGGAACGCCCACAUGCGUGAAGCUGCGCUUCGGCC